CUUUGGGAUUGGAUAACGGAUUUGGUCCUUAUUAAUGCUCUCUUGAGUAAUGCAUAUUGACAAUCUGUCUCUAGAGUAGACACAUUUAAUUUACAAUUGUUAUUGUGACUAGUUAAAUAUUCCUGAGGCGAAAUUUCGAUCGGAACUGUCCGGAACAAAAACACGUAGUCGGUCAGGAGAGAUAGAGAGUCGGACUACACAGUCACAGUAUAACUCGUAGCUGGCAUCUCCAUGUUCCACUCCAACGAUCUGUUAAAACAAUGGAGAAUGGUUCAUCGACGGAAUAACACCACUACUUCAUUGUAAGCAGAAGGCAGGUUGUGCAUGUGAUUCUUUAUUAUCGGAGGGUUUAAUGACAUUCUUAAUGUCUUAUUCAUGAUUCGACAAUGCCCGGAAAACUGACUUAUUUGAUAUGUGUAGUCUGGAUAGCUGGGAGAAAUGUGACCUCCGUAAUGCUCCCAGAAACGCAAAGGUUAUACAAACAGCUAUUCCGGAACUACACAGUGGAACUUAGGCCAGUUUUGAACCAGAGCAAACCAGUGGAGGUCCGCGUUUCCAUGGGGAUAAUGUCUAUCAACGACUUCGAUGAACUGUCAGGCACCAUAACACUGACGGUGAUCUUUAAUUCCGUCUGGAAAGAAGAAAGGUUUACUUGGAAUCCCGACCAUUGCGGCGGUCUGAAAUCGCUGACGCUCCCACAGGAAUCUGUGUGGUUACCGGAAAUGGUUCUCACCACGGCAGCAGACGACACUGUACACAUCUCAACCAAGGGCAAUUUUAAAGUACGCGUGGACUUUACCGGCCUUGUGAACUGGUGGAGGAUUGGGAUUAUCAAGUCAGCAUGUGUGGCGGAUGUGACGUAUUUUCCGUACGAUUUUCAAAAGUGCCACAUUAUCCUUUCUCCGUUUGGAUAUCAGACGGAAGAGAUCAGCAUAGUAGCUACGCGGGACACUAUUUCAUUUGACCAUUUCUCUAACAACGGUCAGUGGAAGGUAAAAUCGUCUUCAGUUAAGGUCAAUUCCCUACCGAUGACAAAAGACAAUUUCGAAGACAGUGUAGGGUUUGCCAACUUUACUUUAGAAAUCGAGAGAAAGCCAUUAUACUUUGUCGUGUCAGUGAUCAUCCCCAUAGCGCUUCUGGCCCUGCUUAAUCCAUGUGUGUUUGCCCUCCCCAUAGAGUCUGGUGAACGCGUGUCCUUCGCUAUAACCGUACUGUUGUCAUUUGCAGUUUUUGAAUCCAUGGUCAGCGCCUACAUGCCCCAGGGGUCGGACCCAAUGUCACUGCUCUCUGUGUUCCUGGUUAUUACGUUGAUGAACAGCACACUAAUCACCAUAACAACCAUUUUGCUUCACGCUAUGUACCACAAGGAUGAAACCGAUGCUGUACCGGAAGUGUUAGUUCAGGUCCACCUUUUUAUCCGGCAACGUACACUUCCGCGGAAAAUCACUCCAAUGUACCCAGGAACCGGAAGCAAAGAGACCAUAUCCGAAUUAUCUGAUUCGGAUAGUAAGUCACAAUACGAACACAAGGAAAGAUCAGAAUCUAAAUUGCCUGUCAGUAUCAACGAUGUGGACACCGACACCAGGUCAGUUCCCGAAGAAUCCAUUGUAAAUUGGCGCCAAAUUACGGAAACAUUUGAUCGUGUAUUCCUCAUAGCGUUUCUAUUGUUCAAUUUUCUCUUCUGUUUGGUGUUUUUUCUGUAUAUAUCUUAGUUGUGAUUUUUUUGAAAUCAUCAGAUGAUUUUUAAAAAGGCGAAGCAAGACUUUCUGGUGAACUAUAACAAAAACUGUACUAUUUGCAAUAUACCAAGUGUUUUGUGAGAACUAAGCCGCCUAAUAAAAUUUCAUGUUUUCUUCACAUUUAGUCGCUUAU